AUGGUGCCUAUGAAAGAGCACAAGCCCACCAAGGUGGUUGAGAUCCCUGGUUCAUGGAACGUGGACGACUGGCCGCCAAUGAACUACACCAGACGUCCUGGGACACAUGGAUUUGUCAACCCACGCGACAUCGAGGUUCAGUGGAAGGAUCAAUUUGACUUCUUCUACAGAGAGUAUGACGCCUUCGUGUUCUGUGUCAGCUGUCACCCGCAGGUUAGCGGAAAGUCGAACGUCAUGUUGAUGCACGAGCGAUUCAUUGAGUAUUUGAAGACGAAGGAAGGCGUUGAGUUCGUUACCAUGGCCCAAGUUUGCGACGAGUUCAAGGCAGGAACGUUGCCAGGAGUAACCAUUCAAGCCGGUGUUAGUUCUAGUGACUAG